UUUGUUUUUUUCUUAUCUUUUCAGUGAUCAUCCCUACCCAGUCCCCUCUGUGUUAUCCAGUCUAAUCACUCUCAACCCAGCAAAAUUAUUAGGGUACAAAAGAACCCCACAUUUUUAUGAUUCUUCUCUAUUUGCCCUUUUAUUUAAAUUUUGAUUCUUUGAUUACAGAUUACUAAUAGUUACCUUAUUGGGAUUAUACUGCUUUUUCUCUUCUUUACUUGCUCUUUGCAUCUGUAUCUGUGUCGUCUUUGGCCUAUUUGUAUUGGCUUUUGCGUGUCUGGUUCUGUUUUUGUUGUCAAUCUCUGCUUUUUAGCUGAAGAGUAUUUGCAAGAAUCGCAGGGGAUGAACAAGGCAGGGAUAAAAACCAACAACAUACCCACAGGGAAUAUGUGGGGAUCGGGUGAAUGGGAUAGAAAUCACGGCCACCAUUCUCACAUCUCUAGGAUUUCAGAAUUUCAGAUAUGAUAGUUGAUGGGUCUCUUGUUUCCCGAGGAAAUUCUGCUCUUCUACUUCUUGUCUGUUUUGGUUUGAAUGUUGCCAAGGAGUUGCAAUUGGAACUAGUGUUCCUUUUUUUUCUGUGGCUGAGCUUGUGGCUUUUUUGUUGGGUUGGUGGCGUUUGCAUCUGGGUAUCGUUUGCUGGUGAAGUUUUCCGUCAUUGAGUUCUGCUUCCUUCUCUCUCUUAUGCUGAGAGCCUGAAAUGGUGGUUUUAGCAAUGAAUUUCGUUCAGCUGAAAGGCUUCCUUUUGAAGCAUUGGCGGAUUGGCAUCUGGGUAUGACCACUGAAGAGGCUUCUUGCCUGUUAAUGGAGUUUGUUUGAAGAAAAAGCCAAAAUCGACAGUUUUCUUUCUUUGGUACACCGAAAACAGAGCAUGGAAAGAACGCUUUUGGUUUUCUGGCGAAUGAGUUUACUGGUUUUGGCAUGUAUGGAGGGCUCAUUUGCUACUCUCUCUCCUUCUGGUAUAAACUAUGAAGUUGUAGCUUUGAUGGCUAUAAAAAAUGAUCUAAACGAUCCUUAUAACGUAUUGGAGAACUGGGACAUUAAUUCGGUUGAUCCUUGUAGCUGGAGGAUGGUUACCUGCUCUGCCGAUGGUCACGUCUCUGCUCUAGGGCUGCCUAGUCAGAGCUUAUCCGGGACAUUAUCUCCAGGAAUCGGAAAUCUCAGUAACCUGCAAUCUGUGUUGUUGCAGAACAAUGCCAUUUCUGGUCCUAUUCCUAGUGACAUUGGAAAGCUGGAGAAGCUACAAACACUAGAUCUCUCAAACAAUAAGUUCACUGGUGGGAUACCAAGUUCUCUGGGAGACCUUAAGAACCUUAAUUAUCUACGACUGAAUAACAACAGCCUUUCUGGACCGUGUCCGGAGUCUCUAUCCACUGUUAAAGGUCUCACUCUUGUGGACCUUUCAUAUAACAAUCUAAGUGGUUCCCUGCCAAAAGUUUCUGCAAGAACAUUCAAAAUCAUUGGAAACCCUUUAAUUUGUGGGCCAAAUUCUGAGAACAACUGUUCUGCUGUGUCUCCUGAGCCACUAUAUUUCCCACCAGAUGCUUUAAGAGAUCCAUCAGAACCUGGGAGAACGAAAAGCCCCCGACUAGCUCUUGCAUUGGGCUCAAGCUUCGGAUCUGCAUCCUUUAUCAUCAUUGUAGUGGGUUUGUUUCUUUGGUGGCGACACAGGCACAAUCAACAGAUUUUUUUCGAUGUCAAUGAUCAAUAUGAUCCAGAGGUGUGCUUGGGUCAUUUGAAGAGGUAUUCAUUUAAAGAGCUCCGAGCAGCCACUGACCAUUUCAACUCCAAGAACAUUUUAGGAAGCGGUGGUUUUGGAAUUGUUUACAAAGGAUGCUUGCAAGAUGGGACUGUAGUUGCUGUUAAGAGGUUGAAAGACUAUAAUGCUGUUGGUGGUGAACUACAAUUCCAGACUGAAGUUGAGUUGAUAAGUUUAGCUGUCCAUCGAAAUCUUCUCCGACUUUGUGGGUUUUGCACGACGGAGAACGAAAGGCUCCUGGUCUACCCCUACAUGCCAAAUGGAAGUGUUGCUUCUCGAUUAAGAGAUCACAUUCAUGGUAAGCCAGUGUUGGACUGGUUGAGACGUAAGAGGAUAGCGUUAGGGACAGCACGUGGACUACUGUAUUUGCAUGAACAGUGUGACCCCAAAAUUAUUCACCGCGAUGUGAAAGCUGCCAACAUUCUGCUUGAUGAAGACUUUGAAGCAGUUGUUGGAGACUUUGGGUUGGCUAAGCUCUUGGAUCACCGGGAUUCUCAUGUAACUACAGCUGUGCGUGGCACUGUUGGCCACAUAGCUCCAGAGUACUUGUCAACUGGCCAGUCAUCAGAAAAGACAGAUGUUUUUGGCUUUGGGAUCUUGCUCCUUGAACUCAUUACAGGUCAGAGGGCUUUGGAUUUUGGACGGCAAGCAAACCAGAAAGGUGUAAUGCUUGAUUGGGUGAAGAAGCUUCAUCAGGAGGGAAAACUCAAUAUAAUGGUGGACAAAAUUUUGAAAAACAAUUUUGACAGAGUCGAAUUAGAGGAGAUGGUGCAGGUAGCUCUCUUGUGUACACAGUUCCACCCUUCUCAGCGCCCAAAAAUGUCUGAAGUGGUGAGGAUGUUAGAAGGUGACGGCCUAGCUGAGAAAUGGGAGGCUUCACAGAAGGUUGAGACCCCAAGAUUCCGAUUAUCUGAGAACCUCCCUCAGAGAUAUUCAGAUUUUAUAGAAGAAUCUUCACUUGUGGUUGAAGCAAUGGAGCUCUCGGGUCCUAGAUAACCCACAACUUUCCUUGUUGCCCUCUACCUCUACAUUCUAUAUCUUUUAUUUGAAGAGCUUGGAAAUGGAAAUAUGUUAUUUGUUUAUAGCUGUUCAAUGCCUGUAUUCAUCUGUACAAAAAGGAAGGUCAUGUAAAAUUAUCUCACAUUCUCAUCUGUUGAAAAAUUGGGUGGGUUGAUUGGGUUUUUGCUUAAAAA